AUGGCGGACGACUGUGGCAUUGCCUGCGGGCCCUGUUGCUCCCACCAUUGGCAGAGUAACGACAGUUUAUACUGUGCACUUCAUGCCCCAGUCUCAGACUACGAAGACUUGAAGAAAAAUCACUGUCUCCCACAACGCAGACAGCAUCUCAGAAGCAAAGGGGGAAAAGCAGAAGACCAAGUAACGUGGCAAUCAUCAUGCCAACAAAACGAACGGAUCCCAGGGGGAAAGCGGCCAGAGACCGCAAGAAACCCUACAGAGCCCCUGAGUGACCGGACUACAACAGAACCGGGGAAACCUCCAACGCAUUGGAGGUACAGUCGAUGGCGCCAGCACCGUGGAUAUAGAUUUUCGUGGAACGAGGUCGUUGAGAUGGUGAGGCCACUCCGCAAAGUCAAGUUCGGUGGUCUACUGAUGGCUGGAAUGCCAACGGAUUUUAUGUGUCGCCCCAACAAAGUCGGUCAGCCAAAAGAAGGAGAUAUCGAUAUCACUUGCCGGAACGCCAUUCAAGAAGCAUCGAAGAAUGUCUCAUGGCCCAAUCUCGUUGCUGUUGUUCCCAUUGAACACCCAGUGUCAGGAUAA